AUAAACCCUCAAGUCUACUCAACGUUUAAAACGAAAUCAUUUUUAUAAAAAUAUAUAUAUACUUUAUACAAAACUCCCAUUUUAUCAAAUUUUUACGAAUGGGACACCUUCUACUAACGCCGUUAGUUCUUCGGCCGCCGUCUGCUUCACUAAGUUGACGAGAGUGACAAAGCAAAGGAUUAUGAAGUUUCCACAUCUAUAUAUUAUAUGACCGUGUAAAAUAUUUGUAAAUAUUUUUUGUAUUAGAUAAGAUAUUUACGUAUUUGGUGGGUUUCGUCUUAUUUGUAAAGUCUUCGAUUUUACUCUCUCUUAAGUCAAUUUCAAGACGAUUUUUAAUUAGUCAUGAAAUUGUUCUUUGUUGUUUUCAUCAUCGCAGUGAUAGGAACUCAAAUUUGUGUGUCAGCGCAUUAUAAAAAUGAUAUUGAAGAUAACGAAUUUGCUGAGUUUGAAGAUUUUGAGGAAGAUGAAGAACCUUUGGAAGUGAAGGAUUCUGAAGGUUCCAAGCCUGCUGUAAAUUCAGGCGGACGAAAACCUGUUGAUCCUGAGGAACUCGGUGAGGUCGAAGAAGAAGAAGAAGAGGAAGAAGAUGGUAUUGUAGAGGAGGACGAGAGCGAGUUCGACCACUUCCAGGACGAAGAAGAGUUUGAAGGAUUCGACUCUGACCACCGAGCCAGCGGCAAGGAGAGCAGCGACGAAGCCCCCAAGAUAACAAUCACCAAAGUCCCGCUGCAUCUGCGUGCCAACUGGGACAGCUACUACCUGGAGAUGCUGAUGGCGGUCGGCCUGGUCGUCUAUGCCAUCAACUUCUUCAGCGGCAAGGCCAGGAACCACAAGCUGGCCUCGGCGUGGUUCAGCACGCACCGCAGUCUGCUGGAGGAGAACUUCAGUCUGGUCGGCUGUGCAGGGGACGACGGCAGGACGGAGGAGGCGGCCCCGGGGCUGGUGAAGGAGUCGGAGAGCUCGUACCAGCUGUGGUGCAGCGGCCGCACCUGCUGCGAGGGCAUGCUCGUCGAGCUCAAGUUCCUCAAGAGGCAGGACCUGGUGGCGGUGCUGGCCCAGCUGAUGCGGCCCGCGAGAGACCAGGUGCACGUGCGUGUGGACAUGAACAAGGAGGACAUGGACAGCCUGGUGCUGUGCCUGGCCUCCAGGAAGACGGCCUCGCGGCUGGCCAAGGAGAUGGCGGACCUGAGCACGUACUGCCCCGAGCGCAGGUCCGUGGACAAGUACGGCCUGCCCCCCCAGUUCAGCCUGCUGUGCGAGGUGGCGGAGGUGGCCUCCGGCCUGCUGGACGCGCGCGUGGCGGGAGUCCUGGCCAGGCACGCCGACCUCCUGGACUACAUCCACGUGUCGGACCAGUACUGCGGCCACAAGCAGCCCGAGGACGCCAGCCUCACCAAGCUGCCCGAGGUGAAGAAGGUGGUGAUGUUCGGGCUGAACGUGCCGCCCGCCAAGGGCCGGUCCGUGGCGGAGGCCAUGGAGGAGAUGCGCCCACUGCUGCAGCUAGUCUUCUACUUCGUGGAGAAGGUGCGACGACUGCGGCUCAGCAAGGAGGGCAAGAACAAGGCUGACAAGAACCGGCUGCGGGUGGAGGAAGUGUUCCUGAAGACCACGCACGCAGCCCGCGCAGAGGCCGCCGCCGCGCGUCGCGAGGAGAAGAAGCGGCAGGAGAAGGAGCGCAUCCUGCUGGAGGACGACCCAGACAAGCAGCGCAAGUGGGAGGACCGCGAGGCGAAGCGCCAGAUGAAGAAGAAGGCGCCCAAGAUGAAGCAGCUGAAGGUGAAGGCGCUGUGAGCUCUGCUGCGCCCUGAAGCCAUCUCAGCCAGUUAUUGAUACUCUUCCUUCUACUUACUGUGAACGAUAGUUUCAAACCAUUUACAUUAUUUAUACCUUGACUCGUUGAGUUAGGUGGUGUUGUUUGGUUCACAAUGUCAGGAAUAAAAGGUGCGUGUGCACUGCAGGUGGAUGGUGGAUAGUCACUGUUACGGACACGAGACCCGACUGGUUGUGGGCCACGCCUCUGCAGGCUGCCGUCGUCUCCCUGACCUUAUCCUCCAAGGUUGGGGCCAACAGACUGCACCGACCUACCAACAGGGUGCCAGCCGAUCAAAAACAUACCCACAAAAAGAAUUUUUUCUCUGAUAAACUCCGUCGCGGGUAAUGGUGUAUGCAAAGAUCUUUGAUGUAAAAAAUUGCAGAGUGAAGAAAGAAUAAUUAAAGGGCCAACGGGAUAUGUCUAAGAAAUAGGUAUUCUACAAAUAAAUAAAUUCCAUUAAAAA